UUCAGUCAGGCGCGCGUGUCCCAUAUACAACUGUGUGUUGUACUGAGUGAAAUGACUGAAAAGGAACUAACCAGACACGCCUUAAAAAUAACACCGUGAUGCACCAAAACUGUAACAACGUGGGUGAAAAAACGACAAAACAGUGAUCACAACAAGAACCCMGAGGAAAUAUGUGCCCCUUGUCUGUGCUCGUGUAGUGUAGCUUGACUGUACCGAGCCUGCAGCAGCACCCAGAAGUGAACGAGGCGACCCGGAAGCGGUGGUCCGACUGGAGGCAGACAGAACAUCAACCUUUUAUAUUAUAGCUGCACUCGCAAGACAAUAUCUGCAAGCGGGACACAAGGAUGGCAGAGCCUCGAUUUAACAACCCGUACUUCUGGCCACCGCCUCCAUCCAUGCCAAGCCAGCUGGAUAACCUGGUCCUCAUUAACAAGAUCAAGGAGCAGCUGAUGGCGGAGAAGAUCCGACCGCUGCACCUGCCGCCCACCUCCUCCCCGUCUCAGCAGUCRUUGCUCGUGCCUGCCUCGUCCCCGGACGGCGGCGCUCAGCACGGCAUGCCGAAGCCGCAGCAGGUGCCGGGCCACCACGCCACGCAGCCGCAGGGYUCCGGACAGCCGGACAUCGCUCUGCACGCUCGCCCCGCCUCCAGCUCUGGACCAGAUGGAAGUCUAGAUGACAAGGCAGCGGUGAAGGCCAAAGGAUUGUGGGAAGACUGGCACAUGAGACAGCUUAGUGAGCAAUCUGGCCGGGUCAACCAUCGCUCAGGUCUGGCCCCUUCAUCUCGACCUGACAACCACARCACCUCGGAGGCCCUGACCCCGACCACUCCGACGUCCAGCAGCCAGAACCGCCUGGGCGGUGCGCCCUCUGUGAACAUCAUCUCCGGGCUGGCCAGCGGCCCUGGAGUGGAUCAUAUGAAGGUCGGAGGCCUGGCAGGACUUUUGGGGCCCCCGCCGAAGGCACCUAGGGGACGGAAGAAGAUAAAAGCCGAAAACUCCUCGGGGCCUCUGCUCGUGGUGCCCUACCCCAUUCUAGCUGACCAAGGCUGUGUCACUGUGGCACCCAAAGAGGGCAAAACCUACAGAUGCAAAGUCUGCCCGCUCACCUUCCUAACCAAGUCUGAGAUGCAGAUUCACUCCAAGUCCCACACAGAGGCCAAACCCCACAAGUGUCCCCACUGCUCCAAGACGUUUGCCAAYGCCUCCUACCUGUCCCAGCACCUGCGCAUCCACCUUGGUAUCAAACCCUACCACUGCUCCUACUGCGAGAACUCCUUCCGCCAGCUGUCGCACCUGCAGCAGCACACCAGAAUCCACACUGGCGAUCGGCCUUAUAAAUGUGCUCACCCUGGAUGUGAAAAAGCUUUUACUCAGCUGUCUAACCUUCAGUCCCACCAGAGGCAGCACAAUAAAGACAAGCCGUAUAAAUGUCCCAACUGCUACCGUGCCUACUCAGACUCYGCGUCGCUGCAGAUCCACUUGUCAGCACACGCCAUCAAAAACGCUAAGGCCUACUGCUGCAGCAUGUGUGGCCGGGCAUACACCUCAGAGACCUACCUAAUGAAGCACAUGUCCAAACACACGGUGGUGGAACACCUAGUGAGCAACCAGUCCCCCCAGAGGACCGAGUCCCCCAGCAUCCCCAUCCGCAUCUCCCUCAUCUGAGCUCCCCAAACAGCGAGAUUUUUAGAGGUUUUUUUUCCGGAUUCUACACUUGGCCGGACCUCACGAGGACCCCCCGCACCUGCGGCCAUCUCCAUCAGACUUACAGUACGCUACCAUAGUGACAGCUGACAUUUUAACAUUCUGUGUUAGAUUCAGUCAACGGACGAUCUCCAUCCAUCUCAGGCCGUCCGUCAAAAGUGAGCACAGUGGUAUUUUUGUGAAUGUAACCGUGCAGCUUGAUGUUAUCUGGUGGCUCGAAGAAUGUCUGGCGUCAGAUUCAGUAAGCACUUUUGUAAGCCUCGUGUGCACCGUUGGAUGCGUCGGCCAUUAAUGUUUUAGAUUUAUUUUAUUUUAUUUUGCUUAGGUCUUUUCCCCUUUUUUCCAAUGAAUGAGUUUCCAAAAUAUAUUUUAGAUAUUUGCCCUUUUAAGAGUUGAGAGAAAUGGAAAAAAAAAAAGAGAAAGAAACAAAUGAAAGUUUUGCUGGGUGUAUUUCAAACACAUCCAAAGAAAAUCUUAAAGCACUUUUUUGGCCUUUUGGAUUUGACUCAAAUGGUUUUAAUCAUGUUAGGUGAAAAAUGCCAAAGGGCAUUGCUUGUGGCAGCUAAAAGUACAAAUAACAGUCUUUUUGCAUGACUUUCUUUGUUUUUUUUUGUUUGUUUGUUUUUUUACAUUUCUGCACAAGUGCUCAUUCACUGAAAUUUGAUAAAAGGCAAUCACUUGAUGACAAUUAAAAGUUUUUAAUGAUUGUAUUUUAAAAGCUGAAUUAUUGGUUUUACGAAGCCAAAAAUUACGUUGUUUUUUUUUUUUGUUAAAAACCUUCCACUUCAAAUUUGAGGGACUUCUAUAAWUCUGCCAAUCAUAAAAAACACUCCUAUGUUCCCUGUUUUUCUCUGUGAUCAGUGCCAUAUAUAAAYCUUUGAGCAUUUAAGGGGAAACUAGUUUUUCUAUUAGUUUAUGAUUCAAUCGAGCUUUUAUGGUUAUUUUUAAAGAAUUAGAAAAAUGUUUCAGAUGUUGACGUUUUUUAAACGUUGGUGCCAGCUCUUUCACUUCUUUUAGCCUUUUUUUUCUGAUAAGCUCAAAACACAGCUGAAAUUUAAAAAGAAAUUACUCGUGAGUGGGUGAUUCGGAAUCCAGCCACUGGACCAAAAUGUGAAGUUUUUGUACAGUUUUUCUAACCCAGUCAAGUUUGUUUUUUUUUAAAUCUCUAAUAAGCUUUACCCAUUUCGGAAUAAACUGCAGUAUAAAUCAGUAGGAUUAUGAGUGUUUGCGGAGGAUAAUCCUCAGCUUUUGUUUUGGUUGUUUUUUUUUUCUCUUUAGUAUUAUUUUUAUUGUACACAGUAUUUGUUGUAUUUUUACUGUAACUGUAAUCUGAAUGGUACUUCUAGGGUUCCCUGUGUUCUCCAGGGUGCUUCAGAAAAGGUGCAGCGGCUAGGUUCUGAGAUGGAACUGAGAAUAAUGUAAAAUACAUAUACAGUAUAUAGUAUGUUUUUGAAAAAACAAAAGAAUUAAAACCUAUUACUCAAGCCUCUGGCCUGGAAACAGACAUUUACUCCAAACAACAAACCCUGCCUCUUCAACUUAACUCUUUCUUUUGAGAGCAUAGUAAAAGUACACGCUGGUGUACUGUAAACUAUGUUGCUCUUGUAUCGCACCUGUUUCUAAGUUUCCAUCGACAUUUUCUGUUUGGAUUUUUGUAAAAGUUUAUAUAUAAAUUUUACUGUAAUUACUUUAGUCUACCUGUAUGUUUUUAUUAAUAUACAUGUUUUAUAUCAGUUAUUUACAUGUACGCCUUAACUGUUUAUCAUCCCAACUUCAUUACUGUGUUGUGUUCUGCAGUAUUCAGUCGUGUAAACACUUUUUUUGUUUAUUUUUCGUUUGUUUGUUUGUUUGUUUGUUUGAUCCGCAUGGAGUUAUUGAGCUGUAAUCUGUAUAAUUGUUUAACCCAUGUUCUCUAUUAAAAAAAAGAUAUUCUGUAGGAUUAUUACACUUUUUUUCUGUCUUGCAUUGAUGUUUCAUAUACAGUUUCUAGACAACUAAAUAUGCACAGCCCAGACUGAGAAGUCCAAUUAAGGUUAUCAAUGUUUAAAAAAAAAAGAAAUGGAAUAAAAAAAAAAAGCUUUGUAUCUUUACCUUGUUUAAUAAACAGACUGUUAAACUA